CGUGGCAGAGGCGGCACCAGCCAUGUUGGCGGGGCCGAGGUCCUCAAGGAGGUCGGGGGCGGGGCGGCGCCGGCCCUGAUUGUAGUGCCACGGCUGGUCCUGCCGGGUGGAGGGGACUGACUUUGCCAGGACAAGGCUGCGACAAGCGCGGAUCUCGUAGGAGGGGUAGUGUGCAAUAACAAUCAAGCUUUACAAUGACAACCUAUUUGGAAUUCAUCCAACAAAAUGAAGAACGAGAUGGAGUUCGAUUUAGUUGGAAUGUUUGGCCAUCAAGUCGACUGGAAGCUACAAGAAUGGUUGUUCCAGUUGCAGCCCUCUUUACACCACUGAAGGAAAGGCCUGAUUUACCACCCAUUCAAUAUGAACCUGUUCUGUGUAGUAGGACUACUUGCCGUGCAGUUUUGAAUCCUUUAUGUCAAGUGGAUUAUCGAGCAAAACUCUGGGCUUGCAACUUUUGUUAUCAAAGGAAUCAGUUUCCACCUACUUAUGCUGGGAUAUCUGAACUGAAUCAGCCUGCUGAACUUUUACCUCAGUUUUCUAGCAUUGAAUAUGUAGUUCUGCGUGGUCCACAGAUGCCUUUGAUAUUCCUCUAUGUGGUUGAUACUUGCAUGGAAGAUGAAGAUUUACAAGCCUUGAAAGAAUCCAUGCAGAUGUCAUUAAGUCUCUUACCACCUACAGCUUUGGUUGGACUUAUUACUUUUGGGAGGAUGGUGCAGGUUCAUGAACUUGGAUGUGAAGGCAUUUCAAAAAGCUAUGUCUUUAGGGGAACAAAAGAUCUAUCUGCCAAACAACUGCAGGAGAUGCUGGGACUCUCUAAAGUACCAGUCACCCAAGCAACCCGAGGUCCUCAGGUACAGCAGCCACCUCCUUCCAAUAGAUUUUUACAGCCAGUACAGAAAAUAGACAUGAAUCUCACAGAUCUCCUGGGAGAACUUCAGCGAGACCCUUGGCCUGUGCCACAGGGAAAGAGACCUUUGCGUUCCUCGGGAGUGGCACUUUCCAUAGCUGUAGGACUACUUGAGUGUACUUUCCCCAACACUGGUGCUCGUAUCAUGAUGUUCAUUGGUGGUCCUGCUACUCAGGGACCUGGAAUGGUGGUUGGAGAUGAAUUGAAGACACCUAUAAGAUCAUGGCAUGACAUUGAAAAAGACAAUGCCAAAUAUGUUAAAAAGGGAACCAAGCAUUUUGAAGCAUUGGCUAAUCGAGCUGCUACAACUGGUCAUGUUAUUGACAUCUACGCRUGUGCAUUAGAUCAGACAGGUCUCCUGGAGAUGAAAUGCUGUCCCAACCUUACCGG